AUGGUUCCCUCGCAGUUCCCUGCUACAGCGCCCCUACCUCGCUCACAUAUGAAUCCCUACGAGAACUCCCGACCCCCACCAGCACCACCCACCAUCAAAUCAUGGUGGCCCAUUCGGAAAGGCCAAACAUCACCUGCCAUCGUCGAUGUUCCUCUCGCACAGGGUAAAGAGCGGAACGCUGCAGCAGAUGCUCCCGCUAAAGAUGAUGGAUGGAUUCGUGAUGAAGACUAUGUUUCUUCCCCUACUUCACCGAAUCCCGAUGCACAACGGCUAUCCACAUCGGCAGGGCAGACCACAUCCGGAGAACAUGGAAGCAGCCGGGUGUGUUUCUGCUUUUAGAUUGGUUUUGCGAACGGUAAUAUGAUGAGCCCAUCGUGGACGAUUAUAUUCCCUUGCUAACUACGCGUUGUUACAAUUCCUGCUGUGCAAAGUGUAUUUUACAGAUAGAAGGGCAUGUCAGGUACAAAAGACUGGAUGGCGCUUCAACACAGGAACGUUGAGUCGCAGACGAGCCGGAAUGAAAUAGAAUGUAUAUCGAGUCUGAUACAUCCAUUUACAUUGGAACGCUGCAGAAUCAGGAAUCACGACAGCCAUCCACAUCAGGGCAUACCGGAAUCAAUGUCGGAGAGCAUCGAAGGUUGUGUUUUCUGCCUGUAGACUGGUUUUGACCGC